AAAAAAAAAAAACAGAUGCUAUGCUAAUGCUAACCUAUGUGUGUUGUACAGUGCUACAAUCGGCAACAACAAAACGAAAAUAGUCGGCAAAUAAGCAAGAAAAUGUGUUUGUGCUCUCGCUAAUAAAACAACCAAACCAAUUCCCUGUAUCCACUGCAAUAUAUAAGCCAUUAAGAAUUGCGCCCAAGGAAGGUAAUAAACCAGAAAAAAAGCGGAAAGCAAAGGAAAGGAAACGAAAGGAAAGGCAUUUGUGUUCCAGUUUGAGGAUUGGAAGGUGAUGCUCCGCUGAGCCGGAAAAUUCCAGCCAUGGAAUCGAUUGUGCUGCAUUCGGAUGUGGCGCGCUUGGUCCUAGGCUAUCUGGUCAACCAGAAUCUGAAGCGGGCGGCCCACACGCUGUGCCGCACUUCGCCGCACCUGCGCCACGAGUUCCUGGCCCUGAAACAGGGCCUGCAGACGCACAACUUCCUCAACGGCGGCCUGGAGGAGAUCAUCUGCGAGCAUGUGAAGAUCACGGGCUUGGUGGCCAGUGCCGUGCAGAAGCUGCCGUUGGAGACGCGCCUGCAGCUGCAGCAGCUGAAGCUGUCCGAAAGGGUCAACGAACUGAUAGGCACCGGCGCCGAGCGGAGCAGCUGCACCAAUGACAGUAGCAACCAGGGUCCCGAGUCCAGCAUAUCGCAGUCGCAUCGCAAGAGGAGGCGCUUACGCACUCAAUCCCCCGGAAAUAACCUGUCCUCGCCUUCGUUCAGCAAGCGUCCGCGUUUGCUGCCGCCGCACUUCUACUGCAGCAUUAACCGUGAGAAGAUCAAGCUCAGCUUUAUGGCCAGCCAGGAGAACCAAGAGGAUCUGGCGGAGGAGGAGGAGGAGGACGGGGAGGACGUGGAGAGCACCACGGCCACCGAUGACUUGGAGGAGGAGGAGCUGCUGCCUCCCGGGCCGCGCAACAAUUCCACGCCGCGUCAGGUUCAAGCCGAGUCCAAUCCCCUCGUGCUCACGCCGCAAAGCAUGCCCGAGCUGGCCAGCGCAAUAAUCAAGAACCAGGACUUCCAGGACACGCUGGUUAAGAACAUAAACGUGGCGCUGCAAACGGUGACUGUGACAAAUCCGGCGGUGAGCUGCGAUGCCAUGCUCGAUGGUCUGGUGAAGAACAUACUGGAGGCCACCGAGAAGGAUCCCUCGUUCGAUCGCAUCAUCCAGGAGGUGGUGAUCGGUGACGAAGAGCCUCCGGCGGCAGAUGAGCUAGCUCUGGCCGCCGCUGUUAAUCCCCCUGCGGCCGCUGGUCAAGUGAAUCCUCCGGUGGAUGCCGUAGAACCCGUGCCGCCGCAAACACCGCUCAUCAUACGCACCGCCGUGGCAGCAUCCACCACUGGCAGCAAUGCGGAUCCCAACUUCUCCAUCUCGAAGCUAAUCGUGCUCAACUCCAACGAGAGUGUACAGAAAAUGGUGGCCGGCAUUGACACCUCGAAUGUGAGCUUCACCAGCGACGGCCUGAAUCUGAACUUUGCCGAUCCGGCAUCGAUGCUCAGCGAGGCGGAGGCGGCGGCUGCCGGCCAGGUGUGUGUGGACGCCACCUCCGGGCAGCUAACCUUUCCCAUGUACCUCUCCAACGGCGGCCUGCUGUCGCACCUCCCCUUCCUGGUGAACAACGAGUGGGUGGCCCAGCAACUGGGCCCGGAUGCCUUCGCCAACGUGGACGACUCGCACAUCGAGAUCUGCCUGCCGGAGCCGAUAACGCUGUCGGCCAAUCAGCUGCCGCCCAAUUCCAUAAUCAUCAACAGUGCCCAGAAGCAGCCACCGGCGCAGCCAAGCGUGCAGCCGCCCAUCCAAUUGAUAAAGGAGGACGAAAGGGCCCAGAAGGAGGCGGCGGGGGAGGAGCUGCGGAAGCUGCCGCCCGCCUCCCUGGACUCGUCGCGCCAGGUCAUGGAACGCGUGACGCCCUCCACGGCCGGAAUAAUCAAUGUAAAGGCCUUCCGUAGCUUAUCCACUCCCCGAAAGAGAACCUCGCAUGUACGAACUUUAACUUUCUCCCCCAAGGUCUCCGCCGGUGGCGUCCUGCAUCCCAAUACGCCGCUCUCCACCCGGCGACCUGGUUUGCUGGCCAAAGCCAAAGAGAAGCCCAUUAUCAACCAUGUGGAGAUCAUACAGCCAGCCGCCGCCAGCGAUCUCAGCUCGAACGAGGGCUUAGGCGGUGUGCCACCUCUAUUUGCCAUGGAGGAGUGCAGCAAUCAGACGGUGAUCAGGGCCAAUCCGCCUGCUCCUGUUCCUGUUCCUGUUCCUGCUCCUGCUCCUGCUCCUGCUGUGCCCCUGGUGGCCACGCCCAAAAGAAAACAGAAACGUCAGGCGGCAGUCAAGGCCUGCAAGCGAAUCAUCUCGCAGGCGGAAUCGGAGUCCAAGCCGGAACAGGAUCUGGAUAAGAAUGGGCCCCGAAACACAUCCGCCUGCAGCACAUCCUGCUCCACGCACGAUGACAGUGCCGAGGCCAGCAAGGAGAAUCUCCAGGAGCAGCAGCAGCAUCAGCAGCAUCAGCAGCAGCAGCAGAAAAUCGAUAGAAAGACCGAUGGAGGUGUAGGAGGAGGAUCCUCCUCCUCUUUGGCCAAUCGGGAAACUGAGCUGAUCGAGAGCGACAUGGCCGCCUGGCAGCGCCAGUUGCAUGGUUCCAACUCGGACCUAGAGAAUCGAUUGCGCGAGAUCAACUCCAAGCGCGAGGAGGUCAAGAGCACGGCUCGCGCCAGGCGUCCCAAGAAGAAGGAAUCGACGCCCGCUACAACUGCUGCCGCACGAGCACGAAAAACCAAAGUGAUGGCCAAGAAUCAGGUGAAGAAGUCGAUGCAGCGCAGUGGCGUUGAUGCCACGGAGAAGAUCAACAUCAAGAUAGUCACACCGCAGAAACCCAAGGCGCUCAAAAAGAAAAAGGCGUUGGAACUCAAAGAGGAGGUCAUCGAGGAAACGCUGCUGGAGGAGGAGGUCAUCGAGGAGACGCUGCUGGAGGAGAAGGAGAAGGAGAAGGAGAGGGAACAGGUCAAGGAGAAGGAACCGAAAAAGGAGCCAAAUGAGCUGGAGAAGGCGAGGAAUCACGAUCGGGAGCAGAUCAAAGCCUUGGUGGCCGAGCAGGCGCCACCCAAUAUGGCCAUGUUGCUGGACACGCCCUUCAAGGCAUCUCCCAGAGCCAGUGAUCCAUUCAUCGCCACAUCCCAGGGAGGAGAAGGAGCAACUGCUGCUGCUGCUGCUGCUGCUGCUGCUGCUGCCGCUGCUGCUGUUGCGACUGCCAUUCCACCCACUCCGGGCAUGGCCAUUCCACCGCUGGACACGCCAUAUGGCAAGCUGCCCAGCAGCAGUUUUCUCUUCGGUUCGGACACCAAAAGUAUCAUGGAUACGCCCCAGCUGAGCGCCAUUACCCCCGGAUUCCGUUUGACCCCGUUUGGCCAGAUGCCCGGCACGCCCGUGGGCAGUGCCGCCAAGACGGAUUACUCCUCGGGCAGCUCCUACUACCGUCCCGACGAAGCGGAGCACACGGAUGCCAAUGCGCAGUGCGCAAUACAGCAGUGGGAGGAACUGCAGGAGAAGAAGCAGCCAGCAGUUGGGUUCAAGGACAAGGACAAGGACACGGACACGGAAAAGAAGAUGGAAACAGAGGAGGAGGAGGAGCCUAGUCAGCAGGCAGAUAAACCACUAGAGGAGGAGGAGGAGCAUCCGGAGGACCACAAGCUUACACCCAAGAGACCAGAAAUGCAGAAAGAAGAGAUGGUUAAAGAAAAGCCUGCAGAGCAAGCACCAGAGGUGGUGAAGCAACCCGUUGUGCUAGCCCUGGAGCCCACUGUCCUGCGACGCGUGCGUUCCUUCGGCAGCGAGGCGGUGGACAGCGCCGAGUCCGCUGCCGCCGGCUCGUAUCCGUCGGAUCAGCAGCCGCACUACAAGCUGCUGCCCGGCCUGCCGGAGGCCAUCAUCGAGGGCUCCGGCAGUUCCAGCUCCUCCUCCGCCACCAGCUCCUCAUCCUCCUCCAGUUCGAGCUCCAGUUCGUCCAGCAGCUCCUCCUCCAGUUCCUCCUCCUCGCCGAGUUCCCACAGCGAAAAGGAGGAGGGGGAAAGCGAUCCGGAAGAGGAGGAGGAGGUGGAAGCUGCCAAGGAGGCUGGCCAAGUGCUGCUCAACAUUGACCAGCUGUCCAAUAUCAGCAGCACGGAGGACGAGGAGUGGCUGAAGGCGGCCACCGACUUGCAGGCGGAUGCCGGCCUGCCCAUGCUCACCAUUGACAGUCUGCCGGGUCAGCUGGUCAGCCAGGACGGCGAGGUGCGCUACCCCAUACGCAACUGGCUCACGCCCAGCAAGGAGCAGCAGGCGGACACCAGUGGGGAACUGCGACCACCAGCACCACCGCUGCCUGUGAUUCCGCCAGCAGAUGCAGUUGACCCUCCACCACCACCACCUCCUCGGCCAGAGGCCGCGAUCCUCCAGCAGCAGCACCAACGCGAGCAGCUGGACGAGAAGCGGCAACGCGUGAUGGCCAAGUUCAAGCAGCAAGCACAGCCGCCGCCGGCCAGGAUGCAAAGCAAGAAGGCCACGGCCACCAGAAAGCUCACUGCCAUGCGCGAAACUGCCAAGCUGGCCAAUCCCAGCACCCAGAAGUCACCCAAAAAGCGGGAGCACCUGGAGUCACUGAAAACGAAGGGGGCCCGCAAGGAACUGGAGACGACGGAGCCCUCGCCUGCCAUGGAGGCAUCCAAAGAUGCGCCCGCAGAUCCACCAGCCAGCAAACUGGAUCCCGCCCUGCUCAUGGCCCUCAAUCUUUCGGCCAAAAAGCAGGAGCCCUCAACGAUCAACACCGCGACCACGACCACGACCAUUACCAAGCCCAAGGUGAUCCGAGCUGCGGUGGAGAUUGCGGCACAGCCUGCGCCGGCCAAGCGGGGACGUCCCAAGAAGCCGCAGAACGCAGAACCGGCCAAGACCUGCAUGCGUCGAUCCUCGCGGCUAAUCGACAAUAAAACUCCUGCCCCCGAGGAGCCCUUCAAAGCCAUUGGCGACGAUCCAACGAAGGUCAGCACCAAGAAGCCGAUGAAGAAGCGAUCCGAGACCAGGGUGCCCUCCUCGACGACCGCCAGUGCUGCGGCACUGCCCAUGGUGGCGGAGGCGGAAUCCACGCAGCGGUCUCCGGAGCAGCAACAGCGGAAAGUGGCGAUGCCGCCAGCCAAGUCACAACCACUGCCUCGCCAGAAUCCAGAUACCCAUCCAGAUCCACAUCCCCAACUCCAUGCCGAUAGCGACUACGAGCAGGACAUGUGCUUGAGCAGCAGCCAGGAGCGUUGUACCUUCAGCUUCACCUAUGCGGACAACGGACCCAAGCCCAGCAAUCCAGCAAUGAUGGUGCGCCAGCCGGCCAGCUACUUCCAGAGCUACCAGCGGCUCAUGAUGACCGACGACGAGGAGCUGCGCACGAUGCGCAUCGCCCAGGAACAGAUGAUCAAUCUGGGCCAGCAACUGGCCAGCGUCAUUCGCAACAUACCCAAGAAGCGGAUACGCCGCCUGACCAGCAACAGUGGAGCCACAACUGCAAUGGGAGCAAGUGCAACUGGCACGGAGGUCGCCGGAGAUCAGCCCUCGGCCACGUCCACGCCGCUGACGGGGAAGCCUCCGUCCAAGAGCGAGCCGCAAGACGAUGAUGAUGAUCUGGAGGUGGCUAUCAUCAACUCGGCUCCAAAAGAAGCGAGCAGCGGCAGCAGUGGAGGUGGAAAUGGAAAGGAAGUAGACGAUGAAACCCCCGAGAAUCCUGCGCAGCAGAAGGAUGCGCUGAACCAGAACCACAGUGUGGAGAUCGAGGACAUCGAGUCGAUAUUGUCGCAUCUGCACGGCACCUGAUUGCAACUCCACUUCAGUUUUGGAUGUUAAUAAUAUGUACACCUAGCUCGUUGGCAAUCAGGGGAGUACUCUUCUCUCAGCUUUUUAAGCUCUCCUAGUUAAGCGUAGAAAUCGGAAACGGAAACGAAAACGGAAACAAUUUUGAAAUGAAUUUAACCAUUUACACCAAUUAAUUUUUCGACAUGCGUAGUGUGUUACUCAUGCAAACUGCAAUCUUGCAUUGUUAUCAUUAAAGUAUUUAUUUUCGCCGUAAGUUAAGACGGAGCAGCACAACCUGCUCACACACACACACACACACACACAACAAACACAACACAACAUUCACAAUAAUAUCCCAGAAGAAUCGCUAAUUUAUGUUUCAUUAUUCACAUUCGUACAUAUAUAAUAUCCUUAUAUAGAAAUAUAUAUAUCGCUGUACAUUGAUAGCCAGUUGAUUUAAUUGUUAAGGCUCGUUUUUUUUUCUCUUAUGUAUUAGUAAGGCCCUAAACGAACAAAAGUUUAUGAUUUGAUUUGAUUUUGUACACUAUCGGAUAAAGUGAAUAUAUAAGGAAGCUAAUCCAA